AAAUCAAAGCCUUUUUGCUUUUAUAGGUUAAAUCCUAUGCUCAAAGCCUCAAACCCUUCCGUCUCAAUUAAAUUCCCGAAACGCUUUCUUUAUUUCUUUGUUGAAAGCUGAGAACCCCAGAAAAUUCCCUCCCCCUGGAUUUUCCCCUUUUUUAUUGGAAUAGAAAACACUGAUCUUUUGGUAUUUUUUGUGAAUGGUGGAAACAAUUUGGAGCUAUAGUAUUUUGAUGCUCUCCCUUUGUAAAUCGAGGGCGAGCAAAACCAUCCCUGUUUCCGCCGUUUCUGCUUUCGCAUUCGGUUCUUGCAAAGAAGGCUGGUACUACCGUUGCCUCGGCCUUGACCCAUAAACAACGAUCCCACCAAUAACCCAGAUUUUGUUUUUGUUUUGCUUAACAUCCCAGAAAAAAAAUUACGAAAUAAACGCACUGUUUUCGGUUGUUGGUGAAAUAUUUAUUCAUCUUUUUUGGUUUAGAUUCUUUUUUUGAUUUUGGGUUUUUGAUAUAAAGUUGGAAAGAAUGUUGCUUUACAAGCAGAAGAAGAAACAGGUUCCCAAGGGCAACCGGCUCUUGAUUAGCGUCACCGUUAUUGGAAGUGCUGGGCCGAUCCGUUUUGUUGUUAACGAGGAAGAGCUCGUUGCUGCCGUCAUUGAUACCGCUUUGAAAUCUUAUGCUCGUGAGGGUCGCCUCCCUGUUCUCAGAUCCAAUCUUAAUGAUUUCCUCCUUUAUUGCCCCACUGCUGGAUCAGAUGCACUGAGUCCAUGGGAGACGAUUGGAUCACAAGGUGCACGGAAUUUCAUGCUAUUCAAGAAGCAGAUAACUGAGAAAGUGGAAAACGAUGCAAAAUCAGCUGAAUCAAUUACUAGGAAAUCACCUGGGAAUUGGAAGGCAUGGUUUAAUAAAUCCCUCAAUCUUAAGAUUUCCUCCCAUUAAACUAAAACCCAAGUCCAUUAUCAUUGCCGAUGGCCUUAGUAGAAUGUUGGUUUUAUGUUCUUCAUCUUGUUUUUCUCAUUUAACUGAGAAAAGACCCGCAGGAAUAAAUUCUACUUGGUUUCCA